AUGGAAGACAAACAAGCAGACGUGUAUUCAAGGGAAGACAACAAACCAGCAGACGUGUGUUCAAGGGAAGACAACAAACCAGCAGACUUGUGUUCAAUGGAAGACAACAAACCAGCACACGUGUGUCCAAGGGAAGACAACAAACAAGCAGACGUGUAUUCAAUGGAAGACAACAAACCAGCAGACGUGUGUUCAAGGGAAGACAACAAACCAGCAGACGUGUGUCCAAGGGAAGACAACAAACCAGCAGACUUGUGUUUAAGGAAAGACAACAAACCAGCAGACGAGUGUUCAAGGGAAGACAACAUACCAGCAGCCGUGUGUUCAAGGGAAGACAACAUACCAGCACACUUAUGUUCAAUGGGAGACAACAAACCAGCAGACGUGUGUUCAAGGGAAGACAACGAACCAGCAGACGUGUGUCCAAGGGAAGACAACAAACCAGCAGACGUGUGUCCAAGGGAAGACAACAAACCAGCAGACGUGUGUCCAAGGGAAGACAACAUACCAGCAGACUUAUGUUCAAGGGCAGACAACAAACCAGCAGACGUGUGUCCAAGGGAAGACAACAUACCAGCAGACUUGUGUUCAAUGGGAGACAACAAACCAGCAGACGUGUGUUCAAGGGAAGACAACAAACCAGCAGACGUGUGUUCAAGGGAAAACAACAAACCAGCAGACGUGUGUCCAAGGGAAGACAACAAACCAGCAGACGUGUGUUCAAGGGAAAACAACAAUCCAGCAGACGUGUGUCCAAGGGAAGACAACAAACCAGCAGACUUGUGUUCAAGGGAAGACAACAUACCAGCUGAGGUGUGUUCAAGGGAAGAAAUGGCCCAGAAAACGUCUCUUUCUUGCCAACUUGUAAUCUAUUUAAUAACAUUUAGGAGCUGCAAGUAUUGUUUAAAUGAUACAAGAAGUGAAAGGUCCAGAAAUAUUGUUCACCUCAAUUAA